AAAUCAAUACCAGAUAAAUUUCCUUUCUUGUUAAAAAAUAAGGAUGGAAAUACUAAUGUUGCAUCUCUUAAUCAAUUCUUAAGUCGUCAUAAAAUUACCUCAUCUAUAUUAAGAAAAAUAGGUGCCGAUUAUGCUUCUAGAGUACAUGGAGUCAAACAUUAUAGUGUGAUUAAUGAUAGACCAGUUACUCCAGCGCCUAGGUCAAUUCCCCCUAUGAUUAAACAAGAAUACGAUGAAAUUGAAGAUAUCUAG